AUGCAUUUCACUUCUUCGGUUGGAGACAGAGGAGACAAGUCGGCGCCAUUUUCUCCCUCCCAUGCAGUACUACACGGUAAGUGCAAUUAACUCAAACUUACUGAAACAAUUUUAAAUUGAUGCUGAGAAUUUCAGUAUGAACAAUGAAACAUCUACAGAGAAUAUAUGCCUAACAAAACCGUGUUUGUUGCCAGGACUGAGCAGCAAAUUUGUCCUGGUGAUUAGCUAGCUAGAAGUGUAUGGUAAGCUAGCUAAUAGUUUGUUACUUAAACCGUCUCCAACUUUAUCAAUGAUGAUUUAAUAAAGGAAAAACAAAGCGUUAUGUUUGUUUACUGUAUAAAAUCUUGUUUGAGGCUGGAGCUAACGUAUUUUUUCCCCCCUUCACUUUGAACAUCAAAGGGGCCGCAAAAAACAUGUCCCAGCAUGCAGACGGUGUUUCACGUGUUUAGUUGUCUGUGUGACCAGCGUACCACUGUAUUUGGUGACCCAUCAGAUUCUAUGACCUGCAGUGUUGAAAAAAGUACUCAGAUCAUUUACUUAAGUAAAAGUAUAUAAGUAUUACCAGUUAAUUGUACUGAAAUUACUAAGUUAAAGCUAAAGUACAAAAUUAGCAGAAAAUCGGGCUGUGACUAAUAUAUUAAACAUUUAUUAAACAUUUAAGUGCAUCAUUAAAUACUGAUGAGUCAAUGCAUAAGCAGCAUUUUAAUAUCUCAGUCACAGCGCGAUUUUCUGAAAAUUAGUACUUUUUCCAACAGUGCAGGUCACAGAAUCUGAUGGGUCACCAAAAAUGGUGUAACACUGUCGACUUAGCUUUAAUCUUUACCGUUCUUCCUUUAAAUGUUAAUUUACUUUGUCAAACUUCCUUGCAUGUCUCAGUCAAAAUGCUGGUCCAAGUGAAGUACAGCCAACAGCAGAAAUAUGUGAAGCUGGAUGAGGAUGAAGGAUGGUUUGACUUUAUGCAAUUCCAUGAAAACGGUUAGCAUGGCUUAGGAAAAAGGUUUUAAACCACACCCAUGUUCUUUUAAAAGCUCAUUGUGCAAGCUCCUUAAUGUUGUCGAUUCUGAUUUCUUUACAUGCCUUUAUCAGACUCUUUUAUAUGGUAAAUUGGGUUAAAUUGCUAAUCAUUUUCAGUUCUGUAAUGUGUGCUUCAUAGAGUGUAAAGUAUUAAUAUACACCAAAACAGUCAAUAAAAAAAGCCAAUCAUCCAUUUUUAAAUUUGGACUUAAGAGGGAAUGGGUUAUGUGAGGGAAAAUGCUCUAGGUCUAUUUAAGGAUUAUACAGUGGUGGAUGUAUGUAUUUAACGUGAACAGUUAUUGGCUGUGAGGCAAGAAACAGUUUGACCUUACUAUCUUUUCCAGUCAUCAAGAGAUUUUGCCUGCCACCUGAUGCAAAAGUUAUAUACAAGGAUGCAACAGGGACAGAAGUUGAUGCCGAAAUAUUCAGCGACCUCGUUGGACAAGGCAAUGUGGUGCUGACAGUAUUCUCAGAUCAGGGUGAGAUAUCAAGGCAGGUAUAAUAAAGCACUUUACACCUUACAUAAUAUAAUUAUUUUUCUAUUCCUUUAGAAUUCUCUGAUUUCUCCUUGUCUUCUGCUUCUGAGACGUCUGACUCAAGCUUCAGCUCAAGUGCAUCAACUAUAAUCCUAGAUGAUGUCCCUAGCAAGAGACAAAUAAUUGAGGAUACACGUGAGGCUGUGUCUACUGAACAG